ACCUUCUCAUACGUCUUCUCCAUUCAAUUUUAUGACGACACCUAUAUAGAAGUUUCCAAAUCUGCCCUUCUGUUCUCGCCUCAAAAAUCUAGGGCUUUCUUCACUCUUAACUCACAGAUCAGAAUCCAAGAACCCUAGCUUUUCUCUUGUUUGGCUCUCGAGAAAGUUUGGAUCUUACGGUUUGAGGAGCAAAAGUUGGGCUUUUGGUGUGAAUUUUGGUGAUGGCGACGGCCGGAGAAGACGAGGUGGAGUACGAGAGUGAUCCGGAGGAGGCAAAGCUGUCUCUGGCGAUGCGGCGGCGGGAGGCGAGUGAUGAUGAAGAGGAGGGGGACGCGAGGGAGAAGCCGGCACGGCGGAUUGAUCCGAGGAUGGGGAUUGGGUCAGAGGGUGAAUCGGACGGUCAGGGAGGAGCAGCGGAGUACGAUGAUGAAGAAUCGGAUGUGGACGAUGAAGAGGAGGAGGAGGAGGAGGUUGAGGAGGAGGAAGAGGUUGAGGAAGUGGAGGAAGAGGAGGAGGAUGGGAAUUUUGAGGAGGUGGGCGGCGGUGACGGUGGCGGUGGCGGUGGCGGAGGGGGAGGUGGAGAGGGUUCGGUAGUGGUGUUGGAGGCGGUGAAGGAAUUGGGGGCAGAGUCCACGGAGGUUCGCGGCGCGGAUCAUGUUGGGGGCGAGGAGGAGAAGAAAGAGAAUGAGCCAUUUGCGGUGCCGACAGCCGGUGCAUUUUACAUGCACGAUGACCGGUUUCGUGACAAUGCCGGUGGUCGACACAGGCGAACUCUUGGUGGAAGGAAGUUGUGGGAGUCCAAAGAUGACAGGAAAUGGGGGCAUGACAAGUUUGAGGAGAUGACCAUGCAGGAAAGGCAUUACGAAGAGGGUAGGAGGAAUUCUAAAGGACAUUAUCAUGCUCGUGGUAAAAACAGAGGUGCUGACCGUGGGUAUGGAAGAGGAAACAGGUCUAAAGCAUACAACAACCAUAACAACAGCAAUAAUAACAACAAUGUCAGCAGCAACAACAACAACAGCAACAGCAGCAGCAAUCAGAACCAGGUGCCUAGGAGUGUGAGGGGGAGAGGUCCUCGCAGGUAUGAACCUCCUGCAAGGUACAAAAGUGAGACUCCAACACAAAACAAACAAUCUGGAAAGUCCUUUGAGAAAGCUUCACAUAGCAGUUCUGGGAGAGCAUUCACACCCACGUCAAAUGUAGCAUCUGAUCCGAUACCUACAAGAAAACAUGUGUUUGCAUCGAGCUUGAGUUCUGCUUCUCCUCCUUUCUACCCUUCUGGCUCUUCCAAUAAAGAGAUCUCUCUGACGCAGAAGAGAGAUCUACACACUGGAACUACCAAUAGAAAUAUUCGCCCGUCUGUUGCAGAGGAGAGUUUUGGGACAUCACAAUCUGGUGCAUUGCCGCGGGGGAAGAAUAUAGUUGAUUCGGUUGGCAUGGACAAACUUUAUAUUGAUGAUUCUCUUUCUCCGGUUGCUGGGAAGUCCUUAAACAAUCUACAAUUGCCAUCUUCCGGAUCUUCAUUAAUUACUACUACUCAAUCUCCCCAGGUCAGGGCUCAGGGACGGGGUUUGGCUCCGUCAGGGCAGAUGAACUUUCAACCAACCUUAUCUCAUAACCAACUCAAUAGAGCUGCCCCUCCAGCACAACUCCAUGCUGUUCAACGAAGUCCUGUUCAAGCCCGGGUUCAACCCUCUUUACAAUCUUCUUCUCAGCAGUUGGGCCAGCGUCCUGGUAGUGGAUCUCAAACUUCCUCACCACCUAAAAAUGCUCUCUCAAUAAAUUCUUUUGAACACGGGGACAUGGAUUCUCCUCCAGAAUCAAGUAAGUCCAAAACUGCAUUGGUUGGAAAAGGGAAAGGUAGUGUUCAAGGAAGUGGAAGGGGCUCUUUUCUAUAUAAUGGGGCUGGUAAUAUGGGGGUUGGUCAUGGUGAUCAGAACUUCCCUGGACCUCCAGCCUUUUUGCCAGUUAUGCAGUUUGGAGGCCAGCAUCCAGGUGGCAUUGGAGUUCCUGCUGUUGGCAUGGCAUUCCCGGGAUAUGUUGCUAAUCCACAACUUGGUUUGGCAAAUUCUGAGAUGACAUGGCUACCAGUUUUGGCGGGUGCUGCAGGAGCUUUGGGAGCGACAUAUUGUCCACCCUAUAUUGCUGUUGAUGGUGCAUAUCAUGCUCGUCCCUCAGGGCAGACAUCUUCUGCGGGUUCAUCUAACAAAGAGAACAGUUCAAGUAAACCCAGUAGUGAAUGGAAGCCUUCACAGAGACCUGAGCUUGUGAGUGAUGAAUUUGGGCAGCGACAAAACAAACCUCGAAGAUAUUCAGAGAUGAACUUCGGCCAGUGAAAUACAUAGAUAUGGUUGAGUGAAGUUGAAUAAGCAGAUAAAGGCCUUCUUCCAGGCCCUUUGUGGUCUCCAGCUUUUCUACUGGAACACUUUGGGCUGCAAUAUUUUCCAAGAUAUCUUAGUUAUAUGUGACCAACGCCUGCUCAUGCUGCAGUAAAUUUAACAACAUUGUGGCUUGACAGGUGGUAGUAGCUUGUUCAAACGUGCGGUAUGUAUGAACGGUUUUCCUGUGGUUUGGUGUUUUAGUGCAGCUUGUGAGAAAUAUCGGCAGGCUUCUUCAAAGAACUAUUGAAAAAAAAAAAUUGGAAAAGAACAAGAACUAUUGUGCAGCUGCUGUUUGCUUAGUGGAGUUUGCAUAUUUCUAGCUUAUAGAUGGCAUCUUGGUUUUUAACAUCAGUGCUGAGUUUUCCUUUGGUGAUUUGAUCAUUUAUCCUGGGUUUUGAGGGCACCUUUUAUGUAUGGGGAUUUCUCAUCUAGUCGAGUGAGCACUUGCUAGAGAGACUGGAGGCAAGUUUUAUUUGUCAAAAAAGGACUCUUAAAUGUCAGUAAUUAGUAUUGGUUUAUUGAGUGGGUUUAUUAUGGAUACCCGACCAAACUCUCUCUGGUGAUUUACUUCUGUAGGUAAAAUAUAAUACAAUGCUUGGCUUUAUGGUAUUUGAAAUGGGACUGCCCUUAA